AUGCCGGCCGUUUCGCCAAUUUUAACAACAGGAGGAGGAGGUAAGAACUGAUAAAUAGUGCAUUGAUUGCAACAAUUAAAAAAACACAUCACGUUGUUGCCAGAAAAACGAUGUUUUGUGUGCGGCGACGAUAAGGCAAGUCGACACUAUGGUACAAUUGCGUGUAAUGGAUGUAAGGGAUUCUUCAGGCGUAGGUAAAAACCCAAUUUUAUUGAUGAUAUCAGAUUGAUAGUGUGUGUUUUGUUGCAGUGUUUGGGAGAAACGAACUUAUAAAUGUGUUGGAGAUGAUAGUUGCGAAGUUGCACAACAGUUUCGGAAUCGAUGUAGAGCUUGUCGUUUUGCAAAGUGUAUUCGAGUUGGAAUGGAUACUAUGGGUAGGUUCUUUUGUCAGAAUUCUGAUCUCUAAUUUCCACCUAUACCAGCGACGCCUGUGCGUUGCGGUCUCUUUCCAAUACAAAAAUGUGAGCUAAUGUUUUAUGUCACUGAUUCCCAGUACAUUCUUAGUACAUAGUAGAACUCUAGAUCAUCGUGAGCGAUAAAAUGUUUGUUAUCGGAUCGAAGCGAACGACAUUUCUCGUGUUUUUUUCUUAGAACGAAAAAUACUCGUGAGAUUAUAUCUCUAUAUAAUUCUUACGAAUCGUUUCUUUUGAAUUCAAUUCAUUAUUUUCUAAUAUUGUCAAUCCGAAACUGAAGAUCCUUGGAAGAGAACCGAAAUGGCCUAGAAAACCAAGGUAGACUUCUUGAAGUUUAUUUGAAAAAUAUUUGCCAACCAGUUUGAUGUGCAUGUUUAGUCUACUGUACGUGAGCGCCAAUUCAAACAGGGGUUUUUUUCUCGGAUUGACAAUAACACUGUCUUCAAAAGAGCACAUUCCUAGAUCAAUAUAAAUUUUCAGCGGUUCAAUCAGAACGAGAAACUCGGACUGAAAACAAUGUGGGAAAACGCGGCAAACUCUCUCGACAACUACCAUAUGCUCGUAGUCAAGGUAACUAACAUUUGUGUUUUUCUCAACGACAAAGCUUCUUUUUUAUCAUUUCAUUUACAUAGUCGUUCUAUUUAGGACAUGUGAAACAAGAAAGUUCGAGAUCAACUCCGGAAUUUGAAGAGCAUUAUGGAUUGAUGAGAAAUGUAUUUAACAUAGUGAGUUUUUCUUUAAAAAACAGCGGCGCCUAAUUGAAUCACAAAAAUUUUAGCAACGAAGUAUUGAUGGUAUCUCAGAUGACCCGGAUGAUCUUGUUCUUAAUUUUCAACUGCAGUGCAAUGUUAAUAUAAAACUGGAGGACGCCUUUCUGAAUCCAAACAAGGUUUCAAAGCGCACACGUUUAGAAUGGUCACGGUGUACAAGACUUGCCGAACUCAAAGAUCUACAAAUAACUUGGUGUCGAACUUUUGUAUGGUUUCAUGAUUAUCUGAGCUCAUUCGUAGAGUUUCGGGUAGGUUUAAAAAAAUCUAUUUUGCUCCAGCUUCAAGAAUUUUCAGACACUUUGCCACGAUGACAAACUUUACAUGUUCAAAAAUCGUUUUGCGCCAGUCGCUUGGGUCUUGUAUGCGUUUCAAGCAUAUGUGAAUGGUGUGGAUGGUGUGACACUCACAAAUGACGCGUGGUAUCCGAAUGAUAGAGAACUUCAGAAGGAAAUGCAUAGCUCGUAAGGAAUUUGAGAAAAACGUUAGAGAUCAAACGUUCAUUUUUUUAGAUGCAAUGAUUAUUAUAAUCCACUUGGUGAUAUGAUGACUCACGAUUUAGUCAACACAAUGCGAGAAAUCGAAAUGAACGAGGAGGAAUAUUCAGCACUUUUAGCUAUCGUAGCCUUCAAACCAGGUUAGUUUUUUUCCGCGCGUACUGUAGAUAUCUCAAAGAAAAUCAAUCUGAUUGCACUAAAAACAAGACAACCUUUCUUUAAGACUACCGUAUUUCAAACGUUGGUAACGAUCAUAUUCAAGCAACGCGCGAUAAAUACACCCAAGCACUUUGUGAAUUUGUAAGAUUCAAAAUUGGUUCGGAUCUGAUGUCGAUGGAGAGAAUCGGAAGUUUGAUGCUUAUGCUAACAACAGUGGAAACUUUGACGAGACAAGAAGAUGAUAAUGUACAAUAUAUGGCACUUUUUAAUUUAGCCGGUCUGAAUGGCCUACCCUAUGAAUUGCACUCUGAGAUGAUUGAUUGUCGACGAGAACAUUAA